AUGUCUGGCCCACCUACGUACACAACAUCACAGGGUUGUCCCGUGGCACACCCUUUCGCGACCGAUCGCGUUGCCAUCAACACCAAGAAUUACAAGACUGAACAAGCACCCACGGGCCCGCUAUUGUUACAAGACUUUACUCUGAUCGACUCUUUGGCUCAUUUUGACAGAGAAAGAAUUCCCGAGAGAGUGGUCCAUGCCAAGGGUGGUGGAGCCUUCGGAUACUUUGAGGUGACAGACAACAUCACUGACCUGGUUAGCUCCAAGUUCUUGGACACUGUUGGAAAGAAGACAAAGUCAUUUGUGAGGUUUUCCACUGUUGGUGGUGAGAAGGGUUCGUCUGACACUGCCAGAGACCCAAGAGGUUUCGCCAUUAAGCUUUACACCGAAGAGGGAAAUCUGGACUGGGUGUACAACAACACUCCCAUUUUCUUCCUGAGGGACCCAUCCAAGUUCCCCCAUUUCAUCCACACGCAGAAGAGAAACCCACAGACCAACCUGAAGGAUGCCAACAUGUUUUGGGACUACAUCUGCAACAAUCAGGAGGCGGUGCACCAGAUCAUGUACAUGUUCACUGACCGUGGUACCCCAGUCUCCUGGAGACACAUGAACGGUUACUCUGGACACACGUACAAGUGGUACAACGCCAAUGGCGACUGGAAGUACGUUCAGGUACAUCUGAUUGCAGACGGUGGAGUAAAGAACUUCAACGUUGACGAGGCUGGUGAGCUUGACGGAAAGAACCCUGAUCACAACACCCAAGAUCUGUUCCAGGCCAUUGAGAGGGGUGACAAUCCUUCUUGGACCGCCUACGUUCAGACCAUGACCCAAGAGCAGGCUUCCAAACUGCCAUUCUCUGUGUUUGACCUCACCAAGGUUUGGCCUCACAAGGACUUCCCAUUGAGGAGGUUUGGUAAGUUGGUGCUGAACGAAAACCCAAAGAACUACUUUGCCGAAGUUGAACAGGCUGCUUUCUCGCCUUCUCACACCGUCCCAGGCCAACAGGCUUCUGCCGAUCCGGUUCUGCAAUCGCGUUUGUUUUCAUACCCAGACACUCACCGUCACAGAUUGGGAACUAAUUACGUGAACAUCCCAGUCAACUGUCCUGUCAAGCCUACCUUUGCCCCUAACAUCAGAGAUGGUGCUAUGACGACCACCGACAAUUUGGGUGCCACCCCAAACUACGCCAAUGCCUACGAUCAGCCAGUUAAAUAUGCUGAAACCGCCAAGACCUCUAACAAGACUCCAGAGGAGACUUUUACGGGUGAGGUUGUCAAAUUCCACUGGGGUGUUGUGGAUUAUGACUACGUCCAGCCAAGAGCGUUGUGGCAGAAGGUUCUGGCUAAGCAGCCUGGUGGACAAGCCACAUUGGUUAAGAACUUGUCGGGUCAUGUUGCCAACGCCAACGAGUACAUUCAGGACCGGGUCUUUGAGUUGUUCGGCCGCGUUGACCCUAAGUUGGGUGAACAGUUGAGAGAUGCGGUUCUCAAGAUCUCUCCAAGAGGGGAGUCUGUGUCAAGGCUCUGA